GCGCUUUUGGUGAGGAGGGUCGGCGCGCUCCCAAUCCCUCGCCUCCGCCUCCGCCUCCGUACCGCCUCCGCCGCCGGGGAGGCCAAGCGGCGGCGACGGCGGCCCGAGCGCGCCCGCUCCCCUGCCCGACUCUGGCUGCGCCCCCUGCGCUGCCGGCGCCUCCGACACCGCUGGUCGCGGGCCCCACGGUGCAACCGUCCCUCGCCCUCCCCGCCGCAGGUACGCGUCCAAACCAGCCAUGGGUGACCGCAAAGCCGUGAUCAAGAAUGCAGACAUGUCCGAGGACAUGCAGCAGGACGCCGUCGACUGCGCGACGCAGGCGCUGGAGAAGUACAACAUCGAGAAGGACCUGGCCGCGUACAUCAAGAAGGAGUUUGACAAGAAGUACAACCCCACCUGGCACUGCAUCGUCGGCCGCAACUUUGGCUCGUACGUCACACACGAGACGAAGCACUUCAUCUACUUCUACUUGGGCCAGGUUGCUAUCCUCCUCUUCAAGAGCGGCUGAGCGGGUCCGAGUCGUGAUCCACCACCGCGCGUGCACGCCGCCGCUGGAGAGGAGGGAGUGAGAGAGUGCUAUCGCGACUGCAUGUGCCAUGUUCACAGACGGAGAGCUCGGCAACAGCGGGUGCGCGGAGGCGGGGUGGCGCACAACUCCGUGAUAUGUCGACGGUCCCCACCAGCCCACUGUGAGCGUGUUUUGUACAACAUUAUCUAUUUUGUG